AGGACAAACAAGUCGGGUAAAAUUGGUCUACCCGUCCCAAAACAUGCUAAACAGAUUAGGUAAAACGGUUCAGAUCGAAAUUGCCAUCCCUAAUCCUCACUCCUCCGGACAGGAGGCCUAUUAGCUGGUUCCUUACUAGAUAACCAAACCGGUUGGUUUCUUGGGCCGAUGGGGGCUAGGAAGAGGGAGUGUGCACCAUCUGUGAGCAAACAGACCAGAGUCCAACAAGAUCUCUAUGCAUGAUUUUCCAAAGUGCAAUCAAUGGGGACGCAGCUUUCAAUAUCAGGGGCAGCAUUAAUUUAACAGCUAAUGAAAGUACGUGGUAGCUAAGCAUACUUGAAGAACAACACGUAGUGUUUAAAGUGGAGAUCAGUGGUCCGCUGCUGGAUUCCUGCAAUUUUCAGCUUCUUGUGUUAGGAUAGGACCACUCUCUUCCUUAUUUAGGGUCGCAGGCAGGCAGUACUGUUGUUUUCUAUCAAUUUAUUGGGUUGGGAAAUCGGGCUUUAGAUGAUACGCUCAUUCGUUGGCACCAGCACACGAGCUUUCGGAUUAGGGCAACAGAAUUUAGAGCAGCAGAAUCUUCUAGCAGCCAAUAUAGACGUGAGAACUGGUAGCACAAAUUCGGUCUGCAAAAAUGUUGUAUCUGAUUUCAUUAGAGUUUACCUUUCACCCCCUCGAUGAUACAACCCUAUAAGUUGAUUGUUGCGACCGGAACUCGGUUUUAUAUUUCAUAAUUCGUUUUGUGUACGAUGGAUCCAAAUUCUUGAAAUCAACUUCAAUUGCAUUAGAGUUUACCUUUCACUCCUCCACGAUACAACCCUAAAAGUUGAUAGUUGCGUCACCGGAACUCGAGUUCGUACUUCAUAAUUCGUUUCAUGUAUAUUGUUAGGUACAUUGUACAAAAACACUAUAAUCGAUACACACGAGAAAGAUAGUUCAUUUAAUCUUACAAAUUUACGAUAAGAUAAGAGAGAUGCAUAACCCGAAAAUUACUUAUAUUGUUUAACCCUAUGCUGCGAAUGGUUUCAAUUCAAAAAUUGGCAUAUUCCUUUAUGGUAAAUCUGUGUGCAAAUUGUUGAGCAGAUUUUUAGGGCACAUGCGUUGGAAUGUAAAUGGGAAGAAUGGAGAGAUUCGUCCAUUGGACUGGAUUUGAUUACCUAAGCUCCCGCUGCAGCUCUUAUCUGAUCAAGUAAUUAAGAAGUACUUUAUUCUGAUAUUUUUACAAAGUUCAAGCUUGGGCAAGCUCUUGGCAUUCAAUCCAUCUCAUUAAUUAAUCUGCGGAGCCAAUUGUUAAUGUAGAGAAUGCACUGAAACUCGAGCCUAAUUUUUUUUCUUCUCAUUCUGAAUAUACCACAAGUCAUAUUAAUACUAUAAUACAUCGUACAACACCGACAUAAUAAUACAAUACUAUAUUUAAAAGAGAAGAAUUAUCAUUCAAAAUGACUCGAACAUAUGAUUUAUCACACUUACGCCCACAUUAACUUUAUAAAACUUUCUUUCACACAAUUACGUACUUACACGAUAUCUCAUCGUAUUCUAGUCGCACUGCGUCAUCGUAACUCGUAUCAGUAUGAAAAUUAACGGGAAAAUGUUACUUUUUACCCACUGUGUCUAACGGUAACCCAGCAACAAUAAAAAAAGGUUAUUUCUCCCUAUAUCAACGCCUCUCUAUCUAUCUAGCUAUAGCCUCUGCUUGGUUCCUGCGAGAGCAAAAGGGUGAAGAGAUGUGUCCAAAAAAGUUUGAAAUUUUUUGAAGCUUUAAAAAUUAAAACCCUAUGGGCCUAUGUGUCCAUAUGUGUAAUAAAGGUGGUAAAACAGUAAAUAUAAUUUUUUGCCCAUUUCCGUGAAAAAAGCCCUGAAUCCAAAGGGUCCACGGCCCGUAAAAAGGUUUUGUUAAGCCAACUUUAAGCUAAUUGGUCCAAAUCAUUACCCUACAAUGCACAUUUCAUUGUCGUUUUAACAAAAUGCAGUUUAUUAAAUAAGUCACCCAAUAAUAAGACAGUAAAUAUAAUUUUCUAAAACUUGUAAUUAACGGGUUCGGGAACCAAAGCUCCUCGGAAACUUCUACACAGAGGGCAUUUACUGAUUAACGUAAUUAAUCAAUCAAUUAAUUAAAGUCUCCAUGUGAGAUUCUGAAGCAUUUGUCCCGAACGAAUUUCCACAGCUUCCUUAAUUCGUCGGUGUUAACCUUCCUCAUCAUUUUGGCUCUAGCUCGAUUUUUUUUAAUCGACAAUGAAGUAGUAAAAGGGAGAUUAAAUUGCGGGUCACUCCUCUAUUGAAAUUUGUAAGACCUUCAAAGAAAUGAUUCCAACCACUACACUAGUCUUCAAUGUCUCUUCACAUUUAUACAACUAUAAACAAUUUAGCAAAUGAUGGAUGGCACUUUUAAAAAUGAAUUGGAUGGAAUUUCAUACAAUCCAUUAGUCUGUCGGAAAUAGGAGUGUUCAAAUUUACGGUGCGAGUCUUUUGAAAUGUAUAAAAAGAGACAAAUUAAAGAUUAAAUCGAUCACUCCUCAUUGUGAUAUCGUUAUUUCGAGGUCAUGUACUUAGAUUCUUCCUAUAUUUAUUUGAUUUACCCUAAAAGAGUGCUGAUCGGGAGUAAUCUCCAAAUUUAUGCAUAUAUAUGAUCAUUAACAAUCGAGUAGAUUGAUUUGGCCAAAUCUGAAUUAUUGAUUAAACAAAAGGAAUAACCCCAACUUCAUAGAAAGUGGCAUAAAGUAAAGUGCAAUGAUAUCAAGCUAGUCUUUUGCUCUUUGCAAUGUAAAAUUGUGACACACUUACAAGGUUAAAAGAAUGGUCUAGAAUCGGCUUGAUCUAAAUCUGCAUUGGAUCCUAAUUGUCCCAAUUUGUCAGGGGCGGAGCCGAAAUUUUAGUUUCGGGGGCCCGAGUUAUUUUACGAUAAUAUUGCAAAACAAGAAGAAUAAAUUUGUAACGAAAGUCAAGUAUUGGAGUUUAAAAAAGUAAGUGAUUUGUAACGUUAUAAAAUGGUUGAACCAUAGAUUUCAUCAUAAAAUAAAUUACCACUAGCUUUUUUUUUUCCUUCUCUUCUUCUAUUAGUUGUUAUCCUCAAAGUUCAAGCAUAGAGUAUGACAAACUAUCUUUAGCCAAUAAUGGAAUUGUCUCAAUGUAUCAAGAGUGGGGUUAAGUGAACUAAUUACCAUUCAACCCCACAAUUUCAAUACAUUUUUGUAAAAAAAUUUUCUUCUCCUUUUGCUAUUAGUUAGAGUGACUAGUGUGAGUGACUAUACUAAACCAAAUGAAAUUAUCUAUGAUAAGUUGAUAACCUAAAAAUACAGCAAAAAGAUUAUAAAAAAAAAUACAGCAAAAAAAGAAAUCGCUAAUUCCCAUAAGUCUUAAUAUAUAAAUAGCUCCUCCCCUCCUUUCAGCUUUCCAUCUCACUACCUUCAUCACACUCAUUUAGUCACUCUCUUUCUUUCUCCUUCCCCUUCACCAGCCACAACAAUGGCGUCCGCCGGAGCUUCAGCACUUCUCCUAACACUCUCCUCACUCCUCAUCCUCCUCUCCUCCGCCUAUUCCGAACCCCUCUUCUCCUCCUCCUCCGCCGCCACCCCAGCCCACCCGCCGUCUCACCACCACCACCACCACGCCCACGCACCAGCACCUUCCCCCUACCCUCACCACCACCACCACCACACUCACGCGCCUACCACUUCUCCCACUGCCGCUCCCACUCACGCUCCAUCCCACUCCCCACUCCACGCGCCGCCCACCCACUCCCCCGCCCCCGCCCCAGCAAAACACCACCACCACCACGCCCACGCUCCGUCGCAGGCCCCAACUCCACACCACUCGCUCCCUCCACACCACGCGCCGGUCUCACCUCCCGCCGCCGCUCCUUCCCCGGCCAAUGCCCACCCGCCGCGCCACUUCCCCUUCGAGAGGCUCCUCGUCGCCGUCCAGGGCGUCGUCUACUGCAAGCCCUGCAACUACUCCGGCGUCGACACCCUCAACGGCGCCACUCCCGUCCUCGGGGCUACAGUGAAGGUGACGUGUAACAACAGCCACGUGCCACAGGUCUUCAAUGCCACGACGGACAAGAACGGCUACUUCAGGGUCAAAGCGCCGAAGACCGUGACCAACUACGGGGUCCACAAGUGCCACGGUGUCCUGGGCUCGACGCCGGACAAGGCCUGCUCCGUGAAGUCGAACCUCCACGGCGGAUCCACCGGCGGGUACCUCCGUGUGGACAAGAAGUUCGUGGAGCUGAACCAGACCUACGUGCUCUUCACCGUUGGGCCCUUCGCCUUCGAGCCGCCCAAGUGCCACUAAAGCCCAUGGAGAGCCCAUUUAGAGUACUGGAUCGGUCGAUUAAUUGCAUGUAGUUGUGUCGGUUGGUUUGAUUUGGGGAGUCGGUUGGUUGGUUUAAUUAUGUAUCGGUUUGAUUGGAGGUCUCUCUUUUUAAAUGUUUUGUUUGUGGGCUACUACCGAGUAACUGUCUCUACUACCCUUUAAUUAAAGCCGGAUGCAUUGGCUACCCUUUGUUCCAUAUCUCAGUGUGCAUUGGGUUAUUCUCGUACUAUAUUAACCUAAUUUUGUCGGAGCGAUCUCAACCGUUAGAUAGAUGCAUGUAACAACGUUUAUAGAUAACGUUAAUGUGUACGAUUCGAUGAUUGAGCUCCUAAAUCGCUUGAUCCAACAGCGUUAGCUCAUGGUGUGAAGCCGAGUCACCCUGAUCUAGGUAUUGACCUAAUUUUGUCGAACGAUCUCGGCUAUUAGAUAAAUGCAUGUAACAAUGUUCACAGAAAAACGUUAAUGUGUACGAUCCGAGGAUUGAGCGCCCAAAGUGUGCGAUCCAACCAUGGUGUGAAGCCUACUCGCCCUUAUCUAGGUUUCUGGGUAUCUUCAAAGUUUCAAACCACUAAAGUCAUUGGUGAUGAUCGCCUAGGUUAAUGCAGCAGGUGACCGUUUCAAAUUUUUUUUUUUUUUUUUUACCGUUGGGGAGGGUGGUAAAUUUGAGUUGUGGAUGGGCGAGGGGAAACGUGAAGAAGGGGCAGAGGGCAGAGGAAAUGGUAGUGAUUGGGGGAACUCUGUUUGUGGUCUGGCUUGUGGCAGGCAACUGUAUCUCUGAAUGGCAAUGGCAUUUGCUGCUUUUUUACGCAAAGAAAGCCGAAGAGAGAGAAGAAGAGGGACAGGUCUUUUUUUUUAUUUUUAUUUUAUUUACUGUCCUUCGCCCUCUCUUUUACUUUUUAACCUUUCUUUAUUCAACAUUCUUUUUUCUGUGUACGAUGGAGUCAUGGAGAUGGGGACAUGCACGAAGUGGGAAAUUCAUCUUUGGGAGGGAGUGAUGUGAUGAUAAGUUGAUUACCCUAAAAUCAGCUUUGGGAUUCGGCUGUUUGUUUGUAGGUAAUUUACACCUUCAUGAAGGCCAAAUCUCACUAGGUCCUUUGGUCUGUUACACCUAUUAAAAGAUAUUUCUUCAA